CGAUGCUGAUCACCUUCAGUUUAGUUGGCAGAAGAUAGUCACAACGAACGAGUGUGUCAGUGCUUCCUCAAAAAGUGCGCUUUUCUACUCCGCGGAAUUCAGUUUUUAAAUUAAAUAAUUCGACAUUGAGUGGCUAAAAAUUUUAAGGCAAUUUUCCCCGCUUAAGUUUCUCAAUUCACGCGUGAGCUUCAAGUUGCUCAAGAAUUAUUGUCAGUUCAAGUGAAGCCAGCAUGAAGCUGAUUACAUCAACAUUUUUAAUCGUAUCGGCGACGAUACUUUGCGUAUCUGCUCUACCAGCAAGCUUUAACCCGGAUGACGAUGCUGAAGUCGUGGUUGUGCCUCUGGAGAAGCAGAGUCCAUCGGAAAAGGGUGAUUCUGAUCCCAACUUCGAUGACUUCGAUGGUGUUGUUGAGGGAGAAAUUCCUGGUGGAUUUUUCACCAUCUUUCGUCCAUUCAGCUUUGACAUUAGCAGCAUCUUCAGCAAUUUUGAAGAUACGCUGAGGCGAAUGAGGGAACAUCUUUGGAAUAGCAGACCUCCCUUCUCCGGUGAUGGUGUUGAUGUUGAUGAGGUGGAUCCGUCCAAGGGAAACACAACAUCAACUGUGCAGAUCAUUGAUGGUCACAAGGUGACUACAAAUGAGACGAUUUAUGUGAAGAAAACCGAUUUCGGUACGUCAAUCUUCAAGCACAGAACAGUUGAUGUGCAGCCUCUGGACGAAGAGGGAAGUGACAGUACAACAAUCAAUCCCAAAGCCGAAUCCACCACAAAGAGGGACACAGAACUCGCGAAGGAUCCAGAGUCCGCGGAGUUUGAUGCGACGGAAAAUGAAGUGGUGAAAGGAAUUGUUGACGAGAGCAAUGUAUUGCACGAUAUAGUGAAUCCACAGAUACCUUUAAGAGCACAUGUUGAGGACUUUGGAUCACCCGAAGGCGCAUAUCAAUUCGCACCGUCGUCACAAUCUGCACACCUGUUCUCAUCUCAUAAAUCACACGAACUCAGUUCAUGGAUGGAUGAUGUUAAUUUUCAAGAUAACUCUAGUCCGUACUUCUCGAAGUUCAGUAAGAAUGAUAUCGAGAAGGAAAUUGGUGAGUCUGCGUUGAUUGACUUGUCAGACGAUAUUGCGGUUAAUGAGAUGCUUGCCGAUCAAGGAGUUGCAGCCUCAGACGAUGUUGAAGUCUUUACGGUUGACAACAUCGACACAAAGAACCAUCAAAAUAAGUAUCACUAUUCAGAUGUUAAUCCUAUCAAAUAGGACUGUUAAAACACCAACUGAAACACUUUAACUAUCAUUCUACCAAAGAUUCUCUGCCUCUCUUUACUAUUUUCACAAUAUUUAUCUAUAAUUAUUUGUAAAAUAUUUAUGAGACUUUCACAUUUUUAUUUAUUUAUUCUCCUUCAACUGGAAUGAAAAGACUUCGAGUUAAUUUUUUUUUAUUGUAUAAUUUCAAAUAUGUUAUAAUAAAAACAGCAAAUAUAA